UUUCACAGAGAAUGGCCAUCUGUAGGUACUCAAGUCAUUACACACUGAGGAUGACGGUGGCUAUUUUAGAUUGCAAAAUGAUUUCUGUAGCAUGGGAGAAGAGUAUCUUCUAGAAAACUGCUGUAUUGGGUGUGCAGGUGUUGAAUUUGCUGAAAGAAUUACAGAUCUGGAAUAUGUUUCAAGCGAAUGCUUGCAGACCUCUGUUUCAGACAGUCCAGUUCUUACAUGUGCUGGUAUUGACUCUCCGUGGAAAUCAGAUCUAUUCAAAAUAAUGGAAGUGCACGAACGCCGAAAUGAUGUAGUUGAUCUCAAGAGUUAUGAGUUUUGUGAAAUUCCUAGUCCUCAACAUGAGUCUGAGAAGAAACCUCUGAAAUCACCACAAGAGAAUAUUGGCAAGGUCCUUGACUUUUCAACACACUCUUUUGAUGAUUUACCAUCCGAUGAGAAUGCUACAAACCUUUCCCAACCAGUGGAGAUGUUUUCCUCCUGUCCAAAAGAUGAGAAAAAUGAUGAAUAUGGGCAGAUAGGCCAAAGUGGUGAGUCUAACAUAGUUCAGGGGAAGGAUGAAUUGGUAACCUUGUUGUCUGCAGAAAGCCCACCUGAUGCACUUCCUGCGCUAAAGAGAUCUGGUAAGCCCACAAAAAGGUACAUCGACGAAGUAGUAGAUCCUAUUUCACGUCAUUCAAAGAGAAGGCGGGAGGUUUCAUCUUCAAUCUCUAGGGAUAAGUCUGUCGGUGUUACAAAUCACAAAAAAUGUCACAUGGGAUCUAAAGCCAUCACAUUACCAGCUGAAGAAUCUGAUGUGAAAGCUAUUCAAGUCCCCUUUGGCUUGCUAGCGCGUAAAGAAUGUCCAGAGAGUCCUGCAUAUAAUUUGGUGCACAGUUCAGAUACAAGAAUCUUGAUGAAUAAACCAAAAGAUAACUGUGAUGCUUCAGAGAAUCAAAAGAAAAGAGAUGAAUGUACUCCAGUUGUUCAUCAAAUGAAAAAGAGUGAUGGUACCCCUCCAGGGAGUCAGAAGAAGGAUGAAAAUGUUGGUGGAGCCCACCUAUUGAAAAGGGUUCAAUAUAUCACAAAUAUUCAUUUCACAAAGAGGAAUGAGUGUGUCAUGGCAGCAAGUCAGAAGAAAAAGGAGAAAGUUGUAAAUGGAGCCCCUUUUGUUGGUUUCUGGGGAUUACAAGAGAUACAAUCGGGCGUAAUAUAA